AUGGUUCAAUGAUGAACACAGGUAUUUCCGGUUACUCCGGAAGUGCAGUUUCACAUGUUCCUAAGCCCCUCCCUCGGCGGCCAGCCACAGUGCCGAGAUGGCCGGCCGGGCGGCGUGGCUGGUACUGCUAGCCGGGACAAUAGCGCUUGCAGGCGGCUCCCAGGGUGAUCGCGAGCCGGUGUACCGCGACUGCGUGCUCCGGUGCGAGGAGCGGAACUGUUCAGGAGGCGCACUGAAGCACUUCCGCUCCCGCCAGCCAAUCUACAUGAGCCUAGCAGGCUGGACUUGUGGAGAUGACUGUAAGUAUGAGUGUAUGUGGGUCACCGUUGGCCUCUACCUCCAAGAAGGUCACAGAGUGCCUCAGUUCCAUGGCAAGUGGCCCUUCUCCCGAUUCCUGUUCAUGCAAGAGCCAGCUUCUGCCUUGGCCUCUUUCCUCAAUGGCCUGGCCAGCCUGGUGAUGCUGUGCCGCUACCGAACCUCUGUGCCAGCCUCCUCCCCCAUGUACCAUACAUGCGUGGCCUUCGCCUGGGUGUCCCUCAAUGCUUGGUUCUGGUCCACAGUUUUCCACACCAGGGACACUGAUCUCACAGAGAAGAUGGACUACUUUUGCGCCUCUGCUGUCAUCCUGCACUCUGUCUACCUGUGCUGUGUCAGGACGGUGGGGCUGCAACACCCAGCUGUGGCCAGUGCCUUCCGGGCCCUCUUGCUGCUGCUGCUAACCGCACACAUCUCCUACCUGAGCCUCAUCCACUUCGACUACGGCUACAACCUGGCGGCCAACGUGGGGAUCGGCCUGGUUAAUGUGGCAUGGUGGCUGACCUGGUGCCUGCGGAACCACCGGCGGCUGCCUCAUGUGCGCAAGUGCAUGGUGGUGGUCUUGCUGCUGCAGGGGCUGUCCCUGCUUGAGCUGCUUGACUUCCCACCCCUCUUCUGGGUCCUGGACGCCCAUGCCAUCUGGCAUAUCAGCACCAUUCCUGUCUACAUCCUCUUUUUCAGCUUUCUGGAGGAUGACAGCCUGUACCUGCUAAAGGAAUUGGAAGCCAAAUUCAAGCUGGACUGAAGACCCUGGGAAUGGGUCUGCUCCUUUCCUACUGGUUCCUCCUCCUUCCUCCCCCUUGAGAUGAUUUAUUUUCUCUUUUUAGCCUCUUGAACGUGAACAUGAGGGGUGUGGGCCAAGAAUCAUGUAGCUGGCCCUCACAGGGCUCAGCCUGUUCUAGGGAUAGCCUCCCAGCAUCUGGGCAGCACCUUCAGUACCUGGAGCUGAACUGGACUGGGACCACGUUCCAAGUUCUACCCAGAGGAGCUCUGCCUCUGUCUCUCCCCACUAGCCCUCCCCCCGCCCCUGUGGGAUGCCAGGUACCACAGGCCUUUGGGGUACAGAGGGAUGUCCGUGACCCCUGCCUUCCUCUAUAGCACCACUAGGUGGCACUGGAUGCCUAUUUUUCACCUGCUCAAGUUUGAAGACCAGUAUUAUUGUCCCCAUGGGAUCUGUGGGACCAAACUGCUGGGAUUGGAAUUGGGGAGGGAUUUCACCUGCCUCCUGCCCCAGCCACAUUCCCAGGGAAUCUUCACAUUCACCUCCAGGGCCAGGACCCCAGAAGGCCCGGGACAAGAAUCUUGUGCUGCCGUUCUGGCUGGGAGCUGAUACAUCAGUGUGGAGUGGGUUGUGAGCCAGGCCUGGCAGAGGUGACUAGGUGGGGCGUUGAGUAUGGGCUUAUGUGUGCACACACUUACAUGGGAGAGUUCAGCUCAGGCCUGGGGCAGUGUAGGGGAGGUGGUCGGGGGCAGGUGGGUGAGCAUGGAUUUGGAAAUGUACAUAGACAGAAUGUUGUGUGCUUGUGGGGGGGUGUCUGAGGUGAGAGAAUGCAGGUGCAUAUGCCUGCACAGUGCGGGAGGUUGGAGCAGCAUGGGGAACCAUCACCAGCAGCAGUCACUUGAACACCAAGUCUGCAAGAACCCAGCCAGGCUGGCAGCCAGGGUACACACUUGAUCUUACUGGGGGUCAAGCCUGUGUGCUUGCAUGCAUGCAUGUUCCUUUGCUGUCCCCCUCCAAUUCUCACAGGCCCCCAACAUAACUUAAGAGCACCCUCCAGAAUCAGCCCCCUGGGAACAGAGGGAAGGCAAGUGAGGAUCCCAGGGCCCUCUCCACCUCCCUGUCUCCUUGCCUCGCCAUGAUUGGCCUCCCUGCUCAGUUCCCCGCUCUAGCCCCGGUACCACAAUCAAAACUUUGAGGGGAAAGAGCUUGUGGCUGAGUCUGGUUUCUGCCCUCCCCAGAGAGGCUCACUGUUCCAGGUAGGGGCCAUCCUGGUGACCCCUGGUAGUGCUGGCAGUCCAAGGCACUGUCCUGCCCUUAAAGGGUAGAGUGCAGUGCCACAACCUUUCCAUCCCAAAGGCAGUCCAUGUUGCAGCAGGAAGCAUGGAGUUUUGCUCUUUCCCUGCAUCCCCAUCCCUCUUUAGGGGGAAGGGAGCUAUGCCAGGCCUCCAGCCUCAGGGACCUGGGUGGCCUAUGUUAGCUUCUUUUGAUACUGAGGAGGUAGCAAGGGACAUGCUUAAUAAACUAAUUCCUGGCCUUACCCACCCUGGUUUGGCUCACUUGUGUGGAGGCUAGAGGGAACAAGGAGGCAGUGCUGGCUGUAGGCAGCAGACAGAAGUGGGUUCUAUACUAAAGCAUGGGAGGGGGGGCCUUGGCACAGAACUGGCCAGGCGCAGAACUGGGCAGAGCUCAAGUCCAGCCUAGGUAAGUGAGCUGGCCUGAUCCUUGCCUUCACUUCCUGGGCUUGUGUUUGUGCCUGGAUUGUAACCUCUCUCUGGUUUCCACCUCCCCACCACCCUCUGACUCCGCCUAUCUCCCCACUCUCCAGUUUCAGGUCUAAAUCGGACUUACUACAGCUUGUUACUUAACAUCUCUGAGCUUCACCUGGAAACAAACUACCAAGACCCACUGUUGAGUUCCAGGGCUAAGUGAAUGACAGCUGUGACUACACACUGCUGGCAAACAGCAGUGCUGAAUGUGCUCCCGUGCCCUU